UGCUACAAUAUGGUGGAUUUAGGCAGAGACAAAAGUGUAACCUAUGCCAACUUUUAUAAUAGGAACCGAUUUUACAGCUUUCCGCAUUGACCUUAUAGAUGUGCUCAUCGGUUCUUUGGAAUAGCCUGCUCCACACAGUUGUUCACUCUGCUGCAACCAGUGUCCACCCUUUCUCUACUCAGGCUGCAGUUGAAUACUAAGAAAGCCAUGGCUGUCCAGCAGCAAAUCACCACUGUAACCACCACCCAGAGCUCAGGGCAAUGGAGCACAGGACUGUUUGACUGCUGCUCUGACAUGGGCACAUGUUGCUGUGCCACUUGGUGCUUCCCCUGUUUUCAGUGUCAGACGGCCUCCCACUACGGCUGGUGUGCCUGUAUGCCCCUGCUGGACCCAUGUGCCUUUAUGGCUGUCUCCUGCUGCAUGCGCUCCUCCAUGAGAGAACGCUAUGGCAUCCAGGGUUCGACCUGCGUGGACGUCGGGUUGGUGUGUUGCUGCUACGCUUGUGCCUGGUGCCAGAUGGCUCGUGAGGUUAAGACACGGACCACAUCGGGCAUCCAGCAGGUUCACAUGGUCACCCAACAGCUUCACGUGGCUUAGGACCCAGAAAAGAGAGUGGUAAACUAGAUGGCCAAGCAAGAAGUGCAAUUUCACCAGAAAUGUUGAGCAAGUGCUUUAACUUUUUGUUCCUUAUCUUGCGUGACGGUUAACAUGGGGGCGUACUGUUUGCAUUUUAUAGUUUGAAAAAGAACACACUUCCAUAAUUUUGCUAUCAUGGCUGAAUAGUGACGUCCAUGAAUGAGGGCUCGCAUAUAAUACCACUACAAUCUAUAGCAACCAUACUGUGUGUUGAAUGUACUGUAUACUUCAGAUGUGUCUUUAGGAGAGAAAUGCUAUACCAUCAUUAAUGUCUGAAUAACCAUUGAAUGUUCAUGUCAGGCUUAAAACAUUAUAAACAGCUUACCAUGUACUUGCCCUUCUUGUGCACUUGUCUUUUCUUCCUAGUCCUGACUUUGCUGAACGCUGCUCCAUCAAGGAAAGGUUUGCUUAAAAUGACUGUGAUAUGUGCUUGUCUUACCUAGCUACCUUAAGAUUAAUGAUAUGUGCUUGUCUUACCUAGCUACCUUAAGAUUAAUGAUAUGUGCUUGUCUUACCUAGCUACUUUAAGAUUAAUGAUAUGUGCUUGUCUUACCUAGCUACCGUAAGAUUAAUGAUAUGUGCUUGUCUUACCUAGCUACCGUAAGAUUAAUGAUAUGUGCUUGUCUUACCUAGCUACCGUAAGAUUAAUGAUAUGUGGUUGUCUUACCUAGCUACCUUAAGAUUAAUGAUAUGUGCUUGUCUUACCUAGCUACCUUAAGAUUAAUGAUAUGUGGUUGUCUUACCUAGCUACCUUAAUAUUAAUGAUAUGUGGUUGUCUUACCUAGCUACCUUAAGAUUAAUGAUAUGUGGUUGUCUUACCUAGCUACCGUAAGAUUAAUGAUAUGUGCUUGUUUUACCUAGCUACCGUAAGAUUAAUGAUAUGUGCUUGUCUUACCUAGCUACCGUAAGAUUAAUGAUAUGUGCUUGUCUUACCUAGCUACCGUAAGAUUAAUGAUAUGUGGUUGUCUUACCUAGCUACCUUAAGAUUAAUGAUAUGUGCUUGUCUUACCUAGCUACCUUAAGAUUAAUGAUAUGUGGUUGUCUUACCUAGCUACCUUAAUAUUAAUGAUAUGUGGUUGUCUUACCUAGCUACCUUAAGAUUAAUGAUAUGUGGUUGUCUUACCUAGCUACCUUAAUAUUAAUGCUCUGGAUAAGUGUGCCUGCCAAAUGACUAAAUGUGUAACCCGUGAUUCAAAUGCCAACCACAUUUCAGUUGAGUGUUCUUAUGUUUCAAUCCCUUUAAGAGUGUGCUCCUAAUCUCAGCUUGUUACCUGUAUAAAAUACACCUGGGAGCCAGAAAUCUUUCUGAUUGAGAGGGGGUCAAAUACUUGUUUCCCUCAUUAAAAUGCAAAUCAAUUUAAAACAUU